AUGGGGCUGGUUCAUCACGGUUUGGACCUUUUCAACUAUGAUCAGAGCGUCUGCUCCAGUCAGGUUCUGAUCACUGCCAACGGCACACCCUCCAACAUCGAGUACGACGAGUACGUUGUCUAUAAGCGGCCUGAAGAGUCGGGGCCGCCCACCCUUAGAGAGCAUGUAGUAGAGGAAGAUGAGCAUAUUGCCCAUCACUUUACGCGUGAUGACGCUCCUGGAACUGCCCUAUUUGACAAGGCAUUUCGUCACGGGUUCCUCCUUGAUCGCAAUGGAACCUUUCGCAAGCCAGACCAGGAUGAAUCUCCAUCAGCCGGAAUGGAAGGCCGUAUUCGUAGAGUGCAUGUCUUUUCAAAGCCCAGCCUUGGAGAGCCGUGUUCACUGACGCCCUGCAGCAUCUGCUUUAAGCGCAAGACCAUCUAUGACGGUGGCCGCGACAUUCUCAGCAUGACCGUCGAUGAUCUGGCAGCCAUGGACCUGCAUCCUGCUACUCUGCAGUACUCGACCCGCACGACUACAGAGUCGAGGUUCUGGUCCAAAGACAGAUCGUGCCUGAGCAUUAUCCUCGCGUUCUCCGAGAUGCCCAAGACGCCCUGCGACUUUCUCUCCAUGACCUACAACGUCAAGGAGCGCACAGCGACUAUCCUAGUCCGUCAGUCCUGGGAGCCAAGACGGCACAACCUCGACGACCUCGAUGAGUACGACCACCGCCUCGAGUCAUGUAGGACUCACUGGGCGCACCCCCUGAUCACGCCAGUGGUGCUGCUUCAAGUACAAUUCAUGCGAUGUGAGGAGGCGGUCAUUGAGAACAACUCCAAUGUUGCAAACCUUGAGUACGACGUCAGCAACAUCGCCGGCUUUGAACAGCAGGACUUGCCAGGGGGUCGGCGUCUCAGCCGGACCUUUAGCAAUGGUAAGGACGGAGCCAGGAUCGCUUGGGGACCCAUGACCAUGACCAAGCUCAUGAAGAGGGCGCACGAAGUUCUCAAGGACACCAUCAAGCUGCUGGACACAAUCCGCUGGAUGGAGCGUGCCGUCAAGGUCUUGAUUCUCGCUGGUGACGAGCUCACUGAGCGCAUGGGAAGCUCUGUCCAGCCGUUUGGCCAGGAUCUCAGCAUGUUGAGCCCUAUCCUCAUUGACCCAGAACGAGGACCUGCUCCCGUGAGCCCGGUUCUGCCGCCAAAGAACCUCCCUAAGCUUCGACUGCCCGAUGAAGAUAGCGAUGGUGACUCGCUGGGACCGCAUUGGCAUGAGAUUAGGCAGUAUCUUGAUGGAUUGCUGCGCCUCUGCAUGGGCCUUGAGACGGAUAGGCGAAUGUCAGAGGCCAGAUGCCGUGCUCAAAUUGACAUGAUCUACAGUAAGAUGGCCCAGGAGGACAACAUCCUCAACGCCCGCAUGGCAGUGGCAUCAACCCGCGACAGCUCUUCCAUGAAGGCUCUGGCUGUCAUCACGGCCAUUUUCCUUCCCGGCGAGUUUCUCGGCACGCUCUUUGGCAUGUCCAUGUUUGACUGGCUCGGACCCGACGAGGAGGACAAUGGAGACGAAAAAGCGCCUAUGGCCCAGUCGGUGAAGGUCAACCGGUUCGGGGAGAACUUCUGGUACUACUGGGCCACGGCGAUCCCCCUGACGUUGGUGAUCCUCUUCGUCUGGCGCGCCUGGUGGGUGACUCAGGACCGCUACUUUCGUCGCCACCUCUCGCAGGAGCUCAGCGAGGAACGGUACUGGACGGCCGACGGAAAGCCUCGCCAGCUGGAACGGAGCUUCCUCUGGGACUUUUUCUACCUGUCGGCGAGACGCGACGAGCGGCCCCGACAUUCGGAGGAGCUGGCCGACCUCGAGACCAUCGACUCUGGGAAGAAUGGCUACGAAGGUCAAGCCAGCGCUAGGCAACGACAGAUUCUGGCGACGAGGAAAUGGAGUCUUAGCCAGAGGGCUGCGGCUGUUUCUGUGUGA